CUCAAGCCGGUUGCAUCACCAAUACAACCUGAAUCAAUCACACCGGUCAAACAACAUCAAGACUACUCCUACUGAUCGCAAUGGAUUUUGCUACCAAAGAAAUCAUUGUCGAGUUCAGCGACGCUCUUUUCACUGCCAUCGAGAUUCCCAUCUGGGCCCAGGUGCUCAAGAAUUUCAUCAUCAGCUUCGACAAGAUUUCCAUCCACUUUCAGCUUGUGGACGGCACCACCGAGAAUAUCAGAGGCAACGACACGAUUAACGACAAGAUUGACUGAAGAGGAUGGAGUGGGCGACAGGCCACCCCGAUCCUGUAUGGUUUACCAAUCAGAUGCGAUGGUUGAAAUCGAAGCUUAUUUCAUGGCCAUCUCUUGAUAUCAGCAAACGACCCAUAUCCCAACGAGAUGUAAGACUAAGUCAUUUUUCACAUGUUGCUU